GCCUCCCUGUUCAGCGCAGGUCAGGAUGGGACCCACGGCUCUCCUGGGGCUCUGCCUGAUCGGCUGCCUGGUGCUGAGCCCCUGGCUGCAAGGGGUGCAGGCGGGCCCGUGCCCGCGGGAGUGGCUGUCGCUGGGGGGGCACUGCUAUGGGUACUUCGGGCAGGAGCUGAGCUGGCGCCGGGCAGAGGCCUGGUGCAAGGCUGCCCGCGGCGGGGGGCACUUGGCCUCGCUGCACACCCCCGAGGAGCACCGGGCGCUGGCGGCCUUCAUCAGCCAGAGUCAGCGCCAGCAGCGGCACCGGCACCCGCCGCGGGAGGAGGAGGACGAUGAUGACAACGUGUGGAUUGGCCUCUACCGGCGGGGCCAGGCCUGGUCCUGGGUGGAUGGGUCCCGGCGGCGCUACUCGGCCUGGGACGGGGACGACGGGGCCGCGGGGCCGCGCUGCGCCGCGCUGGAGGAUGCGGCCGGUUUCAUGUCCUGGGACAUCGAGUCCUGCAGCGAGAGGAAACCCUUCAUCUGCAAAUACGCGGCCUAAGGAGGGGCACCCAGAGACCUGUGUCCCCCCCCAUCAGCCCCGUCACCUCCCAUCACCCCCUGACCUCCACGUCCCUCCCCUACAAUAAAG